AUGGUUCACACAUCGAUGUACCCAGGCUUCAUGCCCUCAGUGCCUGUGCCAGCAGCUUGUCCUGUCGCUCCAAAUGGACAUCAUCAACCCAAGCUACCCUUCAGCAUUGACUCCUUGCUCAACAGGAACGACAAGUCAGCUCCCAGGUUAUCUCUGGAGAUGCCCAGCUGGCAAACCUCCAGUGUGCCCCUCUACAGCCAGCCUUUCCUUCCUUGUACACCUUCUGUGCCCCUUGGGUGUUCCUUUGACAUGAUGUCUCGCCAUCAGCCCAUGUUGAUCUAUGCUCCCAAGGCUCGCUACCCUUCCAUUACUCCACAGCACCAACCAAUGAGCCUCCUGGAGCCACCAUGUCCAUGUGCCAGUCCCUACUGCCAGGGAAAAGGAAUGACAUAUUAUCAUUGUGGCAAUAGCCCCAUGGAAACCCAAGACUCGUGGAAGAAGGCUCAGUUGAAGAUGAAAAGAGUCCGCACCGUGUUUACUGCAGAACAGCUUGAAAGGCUGGAGAGGGAGUUUAAUAAGCAGCAAUAUAUGGUGGGAACAGAGAGAGUGGAACUGGCAGCUUCACUGAACCUUAAUGAGGCCCAGGUUAAAAUCUGGUUUCAGAAUCGUCGAAUCAAGUGGAGGAAGCAGAGCCAAGAAAAAAAGAGGUCCAAGCUGUCUCCAUCUGAGGACAUCCAUGACGAUUCAGCAAAUGAAACCGCUGAGAGCUCAGUAGAUGAAAGUUAA